CAGGCCCUCUCUUCACUGCAGUUCCUCGAGGAGGCGAGCAACUUCACGCUCGCCAAUGGUGUGCUCAUGAUCAAGGACGAAUCGCUUGUCCCAUCGUCACGCAUCAUACCAAACAUUGUCGAUCACGAUCCGCUCGACUUCAGAGGAAUUCUGGAGAAUGCAGGCGCCGUAAUGGCUCAGCGGCAGCUUCUCUGGGAUAUGGGCAUCAUCUAUCCGGGGCUGAAGUUAAAGCUUGGGCCCACCAUUGGUGCGGCCGGCUUGCUGGAGUUUGUGCUGGAUCCGUCCGUGCAGAACGACGAACGCUCGCUGUACGAAGAAAAAUCUACAGCACGCAUACUGACCAAAAGCUUCAUCGUGCCGUUCCUGCUUGGGCUUAAAUUCAAUCUGGCAACACUGCUACCUCUCGUGUUCGGCGGUCUAAUACUGCUCAGCAAAAAAGCUCUCAUCCUAGGGAAAAUAGCCCUCUUCCUGUCUGGGCUGUUUGGCUAUGGUUCCUUUCUAACUCCGUCUCUUUACGGUGGAGGUUUCGGAGGUUACGGAGGUGGCUUUGCCGGUCAUGGAACCGUAGGUGGAUUCGGGUUCGGUGCGAAACCAUUCCGUUACAACAACCCGCUCGCCGAUAGUCCCGACUUUGACAACCACCAGCAUCAUCAUCAUCAUCUUCAACACGAUGAUUACCAUGGGUCGGGAGUUUCCCAUGAUACAAGCAGCAGCUAUUACAAGAAGAAGGAUAAGUUUCUAAAUCUGGAUGAACGCGUCGAACCACAAACAGCUUCCUCGCUGGUAGAUAAAUUCUACGAGUAUGAAAAGCAGCAAAUGCUGAAAGAUCGAACAGCCCGGUUGUUCGAACGGAAGUUUUACGAGCGAGAACAGCAUCCGCAAAGCGGUGGAGCAGCUAGCGGUGGUCCCGAUUAUCCGUUCGUCACCGCAGAUUUGGCCACAGAGCGAAAUGAACGAUCGCUACCGGAUGGAGCUGGAACGGGAAGUAGUGGACGGAAUUUUGCCUGGAGUGGCCAUUAG